AAAAAGAAACAAAAAGAAAAGAAACAAAACCUCAACCUCAAGCAAACUCAAAAGAAUCUUAAGAAGAAAGGAAGGACACAAAACGUAAGACGCUGAUCGGUUACUGAGGUUGUUGUCACUUGUGUUCCGCUUCAAAUCCUUCAAGAUUCAAGGCAUCCAGGGAAUCCGUGAGCGUGAGAUAUGAGUAAUAUCCAAGCAGCGAUCGGUGAAGAAUCCAGUGAAGGUAAUGCCCAAAUAGAGAUCCGUGAUGAACAAGCUGAAGGAAAUACCCAAGAACCCAAUCGAGGCUGUACCAAAGAGAUCGAUGAAGAAGACGACGCUGACGGAGAAAAAUUUAUGGGGACAGUGGGUGGUGGCAUGAUGAGGACACUGUGUGGUGAUAUGGAGGAGAAAAUUAUCUCGCUACCGAUUGACGGAAGUCAUCUAUGCAGGGAAGUUCAUGAUACUUUCUUUGGAGAUAAGCAGAACCUCAAUCCGCUUGCUAUUGUUCCUCCCCGGCUCGAAUCUCCCGAGGAACUUUUCAUAUCUAAAGUGGACAAGCUGCUUCUGCUCAUGAUGUUCAGAGGCUCUUACCUGUUGAAGAAAGUAAAUAUUGUUGAAAAACUCAGAGCCUUGACUGUUCUGGAAAUAUCUGGUUCAAGAGAUUGGAAGAUAAACCUCCCGGCUGACUUUUUCCUUCAAGUGCCCCAACUUCGGAGCCUUGACUUUUCUGGAACUGGAAUCGAGUCAUUACCUGAUAGCUUCUCUGGAUUGAUUGAACUGCGGAGGCUCGCCCUUAGACAGUGUUCUUCCUUAGAACAGCUUCCGAAGCUGGCAAAGUUCGCUAAACUUGAGGUAAUUGAUCUUUUUGAAUGCACAAGUUUGAAAAAGAUCCAAGAAAAGAGCUUCAUGUCACUUAAAAAGCUUAAAGUGAUUAACUUUUCCCAUACCAAAAUUCUGAAAUUACCUAUCAUCAGGACUCUUGGAAACCUGAGGUUAGUCUUGUUAAAAGGGUGUAGUGCAUUGACUGGAAUGCGCAUGCUCAGACAGGUUUCGAACAUCAAGGUUCUUGAUCUUUCAGGUGCAACUAACAUAAGAGAAAUUAUGUAUGACUGCUUUGAAGGAGCAGAAAGUCUUAGAGAACUUGAUCUAUCUGAAACUCGGAUACAAUAUUUGCCUCCUGUAGAUGGCAACCUUCAGAAACUGAGACUAAAGAAAUGUGAAUUGUUACGAUAUCUGCCGGAUCUGAGGAGACACACUAGACUCGAGGAAAUUGACCUCUCAGGUUGUAAGAUGCUUGAGAACUUGCCAGAUUUGAGUGCCCUUCAAAAACUGAAGAUCCUCAACUUAAUUGAUACUAAACUUUACAGCAAAAUUUGGUGGAAUCCAAACGAAAGUCAAAGCCUCUUUCUGUCCAUCUCUCUAACCACGAGUCUCUUCGGUCUGGGCAGAAAUCAGAGAACAUUCCGCCCCAAAAAAAGUGCGCCUUCUGGAAGUAAGGGUGCACAGCUUAAAAAGCACAUUGAUGCUACCCUGGGCAGUGGAAACCUAAGGGAAGCAGUAAGGCUACCCCCUGGGGAGGAUUUAAAUGAAUGGCUCGCAGUCAACACUGUGGACUUCUUCAAUCAGGUGAAUCUGCUCUAUGGUACCUUGACUGAAUUUUGUACCAGUGAGAACUGUCCUACAAUGACCGCAGGCCCCAAGUAUGAAUAUAGAUGGGCAGAUGGUGUGCAAAUCAAGAAACCUAUUGAGGUUUCUGCCCCAAAAUAUGUUGAAUAUCUGAUGGACUGGAUUGAAACACAACUUGAUGAUGAAUCAAUAUUUCCUCAAAAGCUAGGUGCACCCUUUCCUCCAAACUUCAAAGAUGUGGUGAAGACAAUAUUCAAAAGACUGUUCCGUGUAUAUGCCCACAUCUAUCACUCUCACUUCCAGAAAAUUGUGAGCCUUAAGGAGGAAGCACAUCUGAACACAUGCUUCAAGCAUUUCAUACUGUUUACCUGCGAAUUUGGGCUGAUUGACAAGAAAGAGCUAGCGCCACUUCAAGAGCUCAUAGAAUCCAUCUUAGCCCCCUACUAAAUUUAUGGGGUUCAAUGCCAAAGUUUCUUUCUUUUUUCUUUUAGGGAUGCAAAUUGGAAUAAGUUAAGGACUGUAAUGGCAGAAGGGCUUGAGAAACAAGUGUCUCUAAAUCUACAUCUCUAUGUUAUAAAUGCAAUUUAAUAUGUCUGUCAUGUUCA